AUGCAAGUGCCAAAAAACAAAUCAUCAAAGCUCUCCAGGCAUCAUAAGAUACUUGAAAAGAGAGAGCUGGAUUUGUUUCACACCCUGCGUCAACCUGUUUUCCCCUCCACAUCACCCAAUGCCACACCAGUCACCCCCUUAAUCAGCAGCAGCUCCCAAACACAGCCUCCUUUGCUUUCCUCCAUGCCGCUCUCUACAGAUGCCAUGCCAUUGGACUAUCGCCUCAUUCCCUCUGCGCCGUUGGCCAGCCAUCUCUCAGCAACCAAUCAGGACAUUGGUAACUCUGUUGGCUCCUCCUACCAACAGAACUACAUGCCUCUGUUUUCGGAGCAAGUGACCCGUCCUCCCCCGGCUCUCAUGCCACCACCAGCCCCGUCCCUCCCAGCCCCCCACCCUCCUCAGUGUGGAGGCGUUUCUACAGUCACCACAGCUACCAAGCCCACUCCAAGCAUCCCACCUUCAUCAGUAAAAACUUUCACCGCUCCUUCCAUAGUAACGCCUACUGAUGCGGCCACUACCUUAAGUCACAGGUCAAGCUUUGAGCUGCCUGGUGCGCCAUCUCCACAGCCUGUGGCCUCAGCCUCUGCCUCACAGCCACUGAACUUUGCAUUGCCCAAACCCAUCCAGAACUCUGUCUCUAGUAAAAAGACCCGACACCCACAGAGACCAAUUGUCCCAGCCAAUCCACUGCCCUCUCCUCAGCUCAUACUCACAGGUCCUACCAGUGCUGUCAUUGUUACUCCGUCCCCUCUCAACACUGAUGUUGUCCCCACCACUGGUGUGGUCAUUGCCUCCUCCAGUAUUCCUGGUGGAUCUGCUGGUUUUCACAUUCUUCCUCAAACACAGAAGUCUCCUCAGCUAAAUGUGCCCAAGGAAGAAACCACUACAUCUUUAUCCAACAACAAGACAUCGGCACAGUCAUCAAGUACAGCACAUGAUGAACGACGAGUCUCAGGUCAAGGGUCACCAUUGGGAUCAGAACAGGUGCCAAGCCCACAGUCACCUUUGAGUAGCAGCAGCACAGGCCUGGCCAAGAACGAAGCCAGUCAGAGUCGCAGAGUGAAUCACAUAUCUGCUGAGCAGAAGAGGCGAUUCACCAUCAAUGUUUGCUUUAAGACGCUGUGCGGUCUUGUGCCAACUCUCAAGUCUCAAUCAAGUAUUAGUAAUGCUUCAACACUCCAGAAGACCGUUGAUUACAUUGGCAAACUGCAGCUAGAGAGACAACAGAUGCAGGAAGAGACCAAGAGACUGAGAGAGGAGAUUGAGGAGCUUAACACAUCUAUAAACUUAUGUCAGGAGCAGCUUCCUGCCACAGGGGUGCCCAUCACAAGCCAUCGCUUUGACCACAUGAGAGAGAAAUUUGAGGACUAUGUGAAAAACCGAACUCUACAGAACUGGAAAUUCUGGAUUUUCAGUGUUAUUAUUCAACCCUUGUUUGAGUCAUUCAAUGGAACAGUGUCUACCACCAACCUCACAGAGCUGUGUGAGACCACAAUGCAGUGGCUAGAUCGUUACUGUGCCCUUCCAGUGCUUAGACCUAUGGUACUCCAUACAUUGCGGCAGCUCUGUACCAGCACCUCCAUCUUGACCGAUCCCUCGCUUUUACCUGAGGAGGCCAGAAAGUCUGUUCUUAACCCAAAGAAACAUUUCUCAGGAUCUCAGCCUUAACAUGAUUUGAACCAAUCUUACCUAGGCAUAUCAGUCUUGUGCAACAUCUGCAGGAACCUUGACAGCUUGACAAAUCCUUAUGCCUUAACAUAUCUUGUGCUGUGGUCAGAUCUUUGCUGUGUUGUUAUUCAGCUUUCUUUUGGAUAGAAGAGGUGGAAAUGCCUCUAUUUUUAAUAAAAUAUGUUAAUGGAAGUGUUGCUGAAAUGAAAUCCCUUCAGCUACAUGCUCGUAUCCCUUUUUUAUAUGAUUCUCUCACAUACAGAAAGGAUACUUCAUAGAUAUAGAAAGGCCAUUUAGGACCUUAAAAAGACAGUACUUAAGAGAACAAUCUUUUUAAAGGAAUAGUACUCCAAAAACAAUCUGUAUGUACCCUCAUGUUGUUACAAAAUGAUUUUUCUGUGGAACACAAAAUAAAUGUUGAAGAAUCUUCACAGACCUUUUUCUUUUUUAUAACUAUUCAUAGUGACCAUGUCUGUCAAGCUCCAAAAAAGACAAUGUCAUUCUGUGUCUGCAUUCAGAUUAAAAAAUUGCAUCAUCCCAGGUUUGACUUCAUAGACAGCAAACCUCACGUGUCGUAACUGAACAAGACACACCAGUUUGAAUGUGUAGAGAGCUGCAGUGAAGGGAAAGAUUUUCAGUGAAUAGUGACUUCAAUACAGUCUGUUCCUCACAUGAAGCCGCCAUAUCUCUUCAGAUGGAUUACUUUUAUGUUUUUUGUUUUGGACUAAGUAAUGUCAUUUUAUAGUGUGGUGUAAAGAUUCUCUGGCACCUUCUCUUUUGUGUUCCAUGGAAGAAAAAACAACUAAUAGGUGUGGAAGAACUUGAGGGUAAAUAAUGGCAGUUGUUUUUUGGAGUGGUGAACUAUUUCUUAGUUUUUGCAUGAAAAUUGUAUUUUAAAAUGAAGCACACCAAAGGCAAUCUCUUAUGUUUACAGUCAUCCUACAACACAGCUGUCAUACCUAUUUCUAAGCCCUUUGUGUUUCUUAUAUGUGACUUAAAUGUGAUUCAUUAGUGCUGCUGCCUUUCAACUUGUUUAAGGACUUUUUGACUUUGCUUCUCAGGGUGUGUUUCCAUAUAUGUGAGUGUCUUCCAUAUUUGAUAUUAUCUGAUCAAUCAAAACUGUUUUGAAACCUUUGUUCCUCAGUUCACUGAAAAACUGAGGCACCACUUGUUUGGAUCAAGGCAACAUCAGAACUUUUCGAAGCAUAGAUGCAUGGACUUGUAAAGAGCAUCAGCUUACAGUAUAUUAAAAUAGAAUUACAGCCAUUAUUCAUAUUCAGAAUGCAUGCUUGUUCAAGCAUGGAAACCGAUGGGGACUACUUAUAAUGCACUUGUAUGCAUUUGAAGGCUUCUUUAAAUUCAUAGAUGGGAUGAUGCUUUUUUUCACUUCAUGUCAUGGUUUGCUAGUUUAUGUUAAGUAAAAUGUCUCAAUUUACCUGUUGUUUCAAACAUGUAUAUUAUGGCCAAAUUCUCCCCAUUAGCCCUUCUCAAUCAUGGCCUCCUAAUAAUCCCCAUCCAUUAAUUGGCUCUAUCACUCCUCUCUCUCCUCUCCACCAAUAGCUGGUGUGUGGUGAGUGUACUGGUGCACUAUGGCUGCCGUUGCAUCAUCCAGGUGGAUCCUGCACACUGGUGGUUGAGGAGAGUCCCCUGUUCUUUGUGUAAAGCACUUUGAGUGUAGUGUCAAAAAAAGCUCUAUAUAAAUGUAACAUUUAUUCAUACCUCUCUGUUUUCAGUGGAACACAAAAGGUACAUUUUUGUAGAAUAUCUUGUCUGCUCUUUCCCAUAUAAAAAAAAUUAAUGGGGUCCAUUAUUCCACAAUGACAAAAAAGCUCAAUUAUAAAACUGUCGUAGUACAGAUUACUUCCAAUUCCAAGUGUUCUGAAGCCAUACACUAGAAACAAGCCACAUUUUUAUUAGUUGCAUCUCUAAUAAAAUAUGCUACCAUUGAUGUUAAUAAUAUUCAUGAGACAUGCAGGAACCGUUGCUGUUUGGCACAAGUUUUUGUUGUCUUUUUCAGAGCUUUUCCAGGGAAAGCUGAAGAUCGCUUCUACGCAAAAAACUAUUUUUCUUUAUGAAGUUGGAUUAAACCACUUGUGUCGAGAAUAUGGAGUAAUAUAGAUUACCAGGACCUUUUGCAUUCCACCGAAGAAUGUAACACUGGUUUGAGGGUGAGCAAAUUAUGACAAUUUUUAUUUUGGAAUUGUUAUAUGAUCUGUGAAGAAAACAAAAAUACCCUUUUUUUUAUACUAAAAAAGGAACAAUAAGCCAGGUUCUUGAUUAAACCGCUUUGCGGUUUGCUUGUGGUCUCCUAGAGGACGAUGUUUUCAUGAGCUCAAACUAAUGGCCCACACGUCUAAAAUGUACUGCUGUGGCAUUCAAUUGUGUCAUUGGAUGUGAAAAGGUUUAUUUCCCUGAAAAACUCCCGACACCUUUUGGGAGAUGAAUACAUCAGUAGCAAUAUUUUUCACAACACUGCAUUUUCUGGUGACAAAUCUGUCAUCCUGUAGGCUGUGUUCCCAAUAAAUAAA